AUGCAGCGCCCUAGCUGGCAUUCUGGUUCGAUUCGUGUUUUAGGCGGCGCAACGCUGCUGUUGCUUUACGCUGCUUCUUUCCUCUGCAGCGCGGAUUCCGACGGCGCUCGCGGCUCUCUGAUAACAGAAGAAUCUGACCGUUUUACCGUGUACUCGGUGAGCCUCAGCGAUGUGCCGGUAUUCGUGACUGCCGAUGAUUUUCACGUCGACCUGCUGGGCACGCAGUUUGCGCAGAUAACUGUUGAUGGCUGCGGAGUUGAAUGGAAAAUCCGUUUGCAUCAGAAAAUUCCCUUCGGCUUAAUUUUCUACCCCGAGUUCAGCGUAACGCUGGAGCGCCUGGAACGCACUACAUCAACCUGGGUGGUUAAGGUUCGUAUUCCCAAGUACUACGAUUUGGAACCGAUUCCGUUUUCGCGUGAGGAGCUGUGA